UCAGUUACACCGUUUGCAUUAAGGACUAUUGUUUAUUUACAUAACGGAAGACGUAACCAUCAAUCAAUCGUUUCAAGAAAAUCAGUGAAGAGUUGGAAGAAAGGAAAGUUGUUUGUUGUUGUUCAGGAUUUCGAGGGAAAAAAAUCUCACACUGUUGCUGAUAUUUCAUAUUCCAUCCGGGAAAAAGACAGACGCGCACCCCACACACAUCAUUUCUCUCCGCACCCCGCCUCUCUCUCUCUCUCUCUAUGAGGUGUAUGUAUUGUGUAUAUAGAGGUGGGUGGCUUGUGGUUUAGGUUUAGUUAUAUGAAGGGAAGGGAUUGAGGGGAAUGUUCUUUGGCUUUUGUUAUACCCUGAAGCGAUUCUAUUCACUCUCCGAUCCGCAACUCUCUACCUUCUUCUUCUUCUCUUCUUUUUAUGUGUGGCGAUGAUGAUGAUGAUUUUGACUUAAUUUCUGGGUUUUUCUUUGCGGUUGCUGGAGGCCGUACGACUACAUCAUAAUUUAUCUCCGUGGAGUUUCAGUUAUUCUAAUACAGGCACAAGAUGGCGACCUUUGGGGAUAUAGGGCUUGCAGCAGGAGUUAAUAUUCUCAGUGCACUGGUCUUUCUUGUAGCAUUUGCCAUCCUAAGGCUUCAGCCGUUUAACGACAGAGUAUAUUUCCCAAAAUGGUAUCUCAAGGGUUUGAGAAGCAAUCCUGCGCAGUCAGGUGUGUUUGUUAGCAAAUUUGUCAACUUGGACUGGAGAGCAUAUAUUCGAUUUCUGAAUUGGGUGCCAGAUGCACUGAAAAUGCCCGAGCCAGAGCUUAUUGAUCAUGCAGGGCUGGAUUCAGCUGUCUAUUUGCGGAUUUACUUGCUGGGACUUAAGAUUUUUGUUCCAGUGACAUUGCUUGCGUGGGCUAUCCUAGUGCCUGUCAACUGGACGAACAAUACCUUGGCAAUAUCUCAAGCAACUGAUAAAGUGCAGUACAGUGACAUUGAUAAGCUUUCUAUUUCGAAUAUUCCACAUGGAUCACAAAGGUUUUGGACUCAUAUAGUUAUGGCUUAUGCCUUUACCUUUUGGACAUGCUAUACUUUGCUGAAGGAGUAUGAAACUAUUGCUGAAAUGCGUUUACACUUUCUUGCUUCAGAAAAACGUCGUCCUGAUCAAUUCACGGUUCUUGUUAGGAAUGUACCACCAGACCCAGAUGAAUCAGUGACUGAGUGUGUGGAGCAUUUUUUCUUGGUCAACCAUCCAGAACACUAUCUGACUCAUCAGGUUGUGAUGAAUGCAAAUAAACUUGCAAAACUGGUCAAGGAGAAGAAAAGCAAGCAAAAUUGGCUUGACUAUUACCAACUUAAAUAUUCAAGAAAUCCAUCACAACGGCCCACCAAAAAGACUGGAUUUCUUGGCCUUUGUGGAGAUAAAGUGGAUGCAAUCAAUUAUCAGACAGCUGAAAUCGAGAGACUAUCAAAAGAAAUAGCUGAAGAGCGGGAGAGGGUAAAAACUGAUCCUAAGUGUAUCAUGCCAGCGGCUUUUGUCUCAUUCAAAACUCGGUGGGGCGCUGCUGUGUGUGCACAAACACAGCAAACCAGAAAUCCGACUUUGUGGUUAACAGAGUGGGCUUCAGAGCCACGAGAUGUCUACUGGGAUAACCUGGCAAUUCCAUAUGUCUCACUGACUAUUAGGAGGCUUAUUGUUGCUGUUGCUUUCUUCUUCCUCACAUUCUUCUUCAUGAUCCCUGUCACUAUCGUCCAAUCUCUUGCAAAUAUUGAGGGUAUUGAAAAGAGGGUGCCAUUUCUUAAGCCAGUCAUCGAAACGCCUUUCAUCAAGUCUUUGAUCCAAGGUGUUUUACCUGGGAUUGCAUUGAAGAUUUUUCUUAUAGUGCUACCAACAAUACUGAUGAUGAUGUCCAAAUUUGAGGGCUUUCUGGCAAUAUCAGCUCUCGAGAGGAGAUCUGCCCUAAGAUAUUAUAUGUUCAACUUCGUAAAUGUUUUCCUCGUGAGCGUGAUAGCAGGAACUGCAUUUGAACAACUCGAUAGUUUCCUUCAUCUGUCUGCAAACGAAUUUGCUCCGACAAUCGGUGUUGCAAUCCCUAUGAAAGCAACUUUCUUUAUCACUUAUAUCAUGGUUGACGGAUGGGCUGGUGUUGCUGGAGAGAUCUUAAGGCUGAAACCAUUGAUAAUCUUCCAUCUGAAAAACUUCUUCCUGGUGAAGACUGAAAAGGACAGAGAAGCAGCAAUGGAUCCAGGAAGCAUUGGCUUUGACACUGGUGAACCUCAAAUACAGUUAUAUUUUCUUCUAGGCCUUGUCUAUGCUGUGGUGACACCAGUUUUCCUUCCCUUUAUAUUGGUUUUCUUUGUACUGGCAUAUGUGGUAUUCCGCCAUCAGAUUAUAAAUGUGUACAACCAAGAAUAUGAAAGUGCUGGAGCAUUUUGGCCAGAUGUACAUGGACGUAUAAUCUUCGCCCUGGUCUUCUCACAGCUUGUCCUAAUGGGAUUGAUGAGCACAAAAGGGGCUGCUGCCUCCACGCCAUUCCUUAUUGCUCUUCCUGUGUUGACCUUUUUCUUUCAUAGGUUCUGCAAAGGCCGUUAUGAACCUGCUUUCGUUAAAUAUCCUUUGCAGGAAGCAAUGAUAAAAGACACACUCGAACGUGCAAGAGAACCAGGCCUGAAUUUGAAAGGCUAUCUCCAAUACGCUUAUGUACACCCAGUUUUUAAGAAUGACGAGGAUGAUGAAGAUGAUGAUCUCCACGGAAAAAUAGAAGAAAGCAUAACAAUAAUACCUACCAAAAGACAGUCUAGAAGAAAUACCCCCGUGCCCAGCAAAAUUAGCAGCGAGUCCUCAGCGGACGUUGUCCCUGAAAAGGAAUUUUAAAUCUUGAAACUGUUCGUGGUUUUGUACAUGAUAUUUGUACACCACGCCUAAACUGUUGUAGUCAUGCUGUAAAUUAAUCAAGAGGAAAUAGCUAAAUCUUCGUGUUAGAUAUGGAGGAAGAAGGUAAGAAACACCUCUAUCUUCCAACUGUACUAGGGUAGAGUAACUUGGCAUUAGCUAAAAGUUUGUUCGUAGAUAUAGGAUGUGCUGUGCAUAGCCGGCCAUGUCCAUGUGGUGCGAUGCUUGAACUCAAAAUUCUCACAAUUAAGUUUACACGGGCAACGAGGCUUGUAGUAUUGGAAAGGGGAUCUUGCUCCCUUCCCCCUGUUUAAAUGUUUUUACCUUAGAAUGUAAAUUUAUUUAUUUCUGCUGUUCCCUUA